AUGGGUCUCCCUGGAGCGAUUUUCACAGUGUGGAAAUCUUCUUUUGUCUUCCACCACAGCCUCCAUGGAAGCUCCUGUGGGUUCCUAAACCCACCAAACCUGAGAACGGAUCUGGACUCCAUGACUCUCUCUCUGGCCAAGUCUUUCAUCUGUUACCUGGGGAUCAGAGUACCUCACUGGUUCUACAGUUCUUUGGAGUCCAAGUUUGCUCAAGAGUGGUUGGCAGCAGAGGGCUGCAAAGUGCUGCACGGAGGCUGGAGGACCCAAGUUCUAGCCCCGGUUCUACAACUAAGUAGCUGGAACCAUGGGCAUGAAUCACCUCCCCGGGCCUCAGAUUCCUCAUCGGGAAGCAAAGGUGCCUACCGGUACCACUGGCAGAGCCACAAUGUUAAGCACAGUGGUGUGGAUGACAUGGUCCUGCUCUCCAAGAUCACAGAGAAUGCCAUCGUGGAGAAUCUAAAGAAGAGAUACAUGGAUGACUACAUUUUUACAUAUAUAGGAUCCGUAUUAAUCUCAGUCAACCCUUUCAAGCAGAUGCCAUAUUUUGGGGAAAAGGAAAUUGAAAUGUACCAAGGAGCGGCUCAGUAUGAAAACCCACCACAUAUCUAUGCUCUCGCAGAUAAUAUGUACAGAAACAUGAUCAUUGACAGAGAGAACCAGUGUGUCAUCAUCAGUGGUGAAAGUGGUGCUGGGAAGACAGUGGCUGCCAAAUACAUCAUGAGUUACAUCUCCAGGGUAUCUGGAGGAGGUCCCAAAGUCCAGCACGUCAAGGACAUUAUCCUGCAGUCCAACCCGCUGCUGGAGGCCUUUGGGAACGCCAAGACCGUCCGGAACAACAACUCCAGCCGAUUUGGAAAAUACUUUGAAAUCCAGUUCAGUCCAGGUGGGGAACCAGAUGGUGGAAAGAUCUCCAACUUCCUUCUGGAAAAAUCCAGGGUGGUGAUGAGGAACCCCGGAGAGAGGAGUUUUCACAUAUUUUACCAGCUCAUCGAGGGCGCCUCUGAAGAGCAGAAACACAGCCUCGGCAUCACCAGCAUGGACUACUACUGCUACCUGAACCUCUCUGGGUCCUACCAGGUGGAUGACAUUGACGACAGGCGGGAAUUUCAGGAAACGCUGCACGCGAUGAACGUGAUCGGGAUCUUCGCCGAGGAGCAGACGCUGGUCCUACAGAUAGUGGCAGGGGUCCUCCACCUGGGGAACAUCAGCUUCAAGGAAGUUGGCAAUUAUGCGGCUGUGGAGAGUGAGGAGUUUUUGGCUUUUCCUGCAUAUCUCCUGGGGAUAAACCAGGACCGGUUGAAAGAGAAGCUCACAAGCCGGCAGAUGGAUAGUAAGUGGGGAGGCAAGUCAGAGUCCAUCCACGUGACCCUCAACGUGGAACAGGCCUGUUACACCAGGGAUGCACUUGCGAAGGCCCUGCACGCCCGGGUCUUUGAUUUCUUGGUAGAUUCCAUCAACAAAGCAAUGGAGAAGGACCAUGAAGAAUACAACAUUGGUGUCCUGGACAUCUAUGGCUUUGAAAUAUUCCAGAAAAAUGGCUUUGAGCAGUUUUGUAUCAAUUUUGUUAAUGAAAAAUUACAGCAGAUUUUUAUUGAACUGACAUUAAAGGCAGAACAGGAAGAGUAUGUUCAGGAGGGAAUAAGAUGGACACCCAUUGAGUACUUUAAUAACAAAAUCGUGUGUGACCUCAUAGAGAACAAAGUUAACCCUCCUGGGAUCAUGAGCAUCCUGGACGAUGUGUGUGCCACGAUGCAUGCAGUGGGGGAGGGGGCGGACCAGACCCUGCUGCAGAAACUUCAGAUGCAGAUUGGGAAUCACGAACACUUCAACAGCUGGAACCAAGGCUUCAUUAUUCACCAUUAUGCUGGGAAGGUAUCUUAUGACAUGGAUGGCUUUUGUGAAAGGAACCGUGACGUGCUGUUUAUGGAUCUGAUCGAGCUUAUGCAGAGCAGUGAGCUACCUUUUAUAAAGUCUUUAUUUCCGGAAAAUCUGCAAGCUGACAAGAAAGGGCGCCCAACUACUGCCGGAAGCAAAAUAAAGAAACAAGCCAAUGACCUCGUGAGCACCCUGAUGAAGUGCACACCUCACUACAUCCGCUGCAUAAAACCGAACGAAACCAAGAAGCCCAGAGACUGGGAGGAAAGCAGGUUUGUCAAGAUGGCAGACGGGGAGGUUGAGGCCGGCGGGGGUGGGCCCUGGUACAUGUUCCCGCUGCUCAAAAGGGCCACCCUACGCCAAGGGCAGAAGCAGUUUAAAUUGUUCUCGGGUGCUAGCGAACAAGAAAAGGCCAUUGCCAUGGUUCCUGCAGAAGACCUUGCAGGCAGCACAGUGGUUCACAGCCGGCUUCCGGAGCUGGGUUCCUGGUAUGCCAUUCUGACCAAAGCCACCUGGCCCUCGUGGAGAGGGGACGAAAAACAAGGUGUCCUCCACUUGUUGCAGUCCGUCAACAUGGACAGUGACCAGUUCCAGCUCGGGAGGAGCAAAGUGUUCAUCAAAGCCCCCGAGUCUCUAUUUCUUCUAGAAGAAAUGAGAGAGAGAAAGUAUGAUGGAUAUGCUCGAGUGAUACAGAAAUCAUGGAGGAAAUUUGUGGCCCGGAAGAAAUACGUCCAAAUGAGAGAAGAAGCCUCAGACCUCCUGUUGAACAAGAAGGAGAGAAGGAGAAACAGUAUUAACAGGAACUUCAUCGGGGAUUACAUCGGGAUGGAGGAACACCCGGAGCUCCAGCAGUUUGUGGGCAAGAGGGAGAAGAUCGACUUUGCAGACACAGUGACCAAGUAUGACAGAAGGUUCAAGGGUGUAAAGCGAGACUUGCUUCUUACUCCCAAGUGCUUAUACUUAAUCGGACGAGAGAAAGUGAAACAGGGCCCGGACAAAGGCCUGGUGAAGGAAGUGCUGAAGCGGAGAAUUGAGAUGGAGAGAAUCUUGUCCGUGUCCCUCAGUACCAUGCAGGAUGACAUUUUCAUUCUUCAUGAGCAAGAGUAUGACAGUCUGCUUGAGUCUGUCUUCAAAACUGAAUUCUUAAGCCUCUUAGCAAAGCGUUAUGAGGAAAAAACCCAGAAGCAACUACCUCUGAAAUUUAGCAAUACGCUUGAACUCAAGUUGAAAAAGGAAAACUGGGGUCCCUGGAGUGCAGGGGGCUCCCGGCAAGUGCAGUUCCACCAAGGCUUCGGUGACCUGGCCAUCCUCAAGCCCAGUAACAAAGUGCUGCAGGUCAGCAUCGGACCAGGCCUGCCCAAGAACUCCCGUCCUACCAGAAGGAACACAAUUCAAAACAAAGGUUAUUCCGGUGGGACGCACAAUGCCAACUACCCCAUGAGAGCCGCCCCUCCUCCUCCAGGUUACCAUCAGAACGGAGUCAUCAAAAACCAAUUUGUGCCACAUCCCCACGCUCCUGGAAACCAGAGGUUAAAUCAGAAAAGUCUGUACACCUCCAUGGCCCGUCCACCCUUGCCACGGCAGCAGUCCACCGGCUCAGACCGAGUGUCACAGACGCCGGAGAGCUUGGAUUUCCUUAAGGUCCCAGAUCAGGGUGCUGCCGGUGUCCGGAGACAAACGACCAGUCGGCCUCCCCCAGCAGGGGGCAGACCCAAGCCCCAGCCCAAGCCUAAGCCUCAGGUGCCACAGUGCAAGGCUCUGUAUGCCUACGAUGCUCAGGACACAGAUGAACUCAGCUUCAAUGCCAAUGACAUUAUCGAUAUCAUCAAAGAAGAUCCUUCUGGCUGGUGGACGGGUCGACUACGAGGCAAGCAGGGCCUGUUCCCCAACAACUAUGUGACCAAGAUCUGA